ACAGUGAUAUACAUGUUGACAAGGGAAGCCCUUGUCUAGCUACAUAGGAGAGGAUGGUGCUUGAACGGGUUCUGCAAGCUGCCCGACAAGGGGACUUAGACACUCUAAAGUUGCUACAUUCAGAAGGUACGCUAAAUACCGGAGUUAAAGACUCACUGGGAGCUUCAGCUGUACACCAUGCUGCCCGGGCUGGCAAGCUUUUCUGCCUUCAGUACCUUGUUGAUGAAGCUAAGCUUUCUGGAAACAGUCGUGCCAGAAAUGGGGCCAGUCCGGCUCACGAUGCAGCAGCGACAGGCAACCUAGCUUGCCUUCAGUGGCUACUGACCCAGGGGCGAUGCAAUGUUGAGGAGAAAGAUAAUUCUGGUGCCACUGUACUACACUUAGCAACCCGCUUCAGCCAUUAUGAGGUAGCAGACUGGUUACUGCGGUUUGGAGGCAGCAGCCCGACUGCAGCAACAGAUACAGGAGCACUUCCAAUUCACUAUGCUUCAGCCAAAGGGGACCUCCCCUCCCUCCGACUCCUGCUGGGAAACUGCCCAAAAGUUGUCAAUUCUCAGACAAAGAAUGGUGCCACACCCCUCUACUUGGCCUGCCAAGAAGGUCACCUGGAAGUUGUACAGUAUUUGGUACAGGACUGUGGAGCUGACCCCCAUAUACGAGCCAAUGAUGGGAUGACUCCUCUGCAUGCUGCAGCACAGAUGGGCCACAAUAACGUCCUUGUCUGGCUGGUGAGCUUCACUGAUAUCCGACUCACUGACCAAGAUAAUGAUGGUGCUACUGCAAUGCAUUUUGCUGCCAGUCGAGGUCACUCCAAGGUUUUGAGCUGGCUUUUGCUCCAUGGUGGAGAGAUAACCCUGGAUAACUGGGGAGGCACUCCCUUGCAUGAUGCCGCAGAGAAUGGAGAGCUGGAGUGCUGUCAGAUUUUGGUGGUAAAUGGUGUUGAUCUUGGGAUUCGUGAUCACGAUGGCUACACAGCUGCAGACCUUGCUGAUUACAAUGGACAUUCCCAGUGUGCCAAGUAUCUUAGGACUGUGGAAAACAUGAGUGUAGAACACAGAGUCCUAUCCAGGGACCCCUCGGGAGAUAUGGAAUUCAAGCAGCCAGACUCUGGAUUGUCGUCACCAAAUACCACCAUGUCAUCUGCACAGCAGGCCUGCUUUGACGUUGGCUCACCAACCAGUACACUAUCCAACUAUGACUCUUGCAACUCAAGUCAGUCAAGCACUGGUGAGAAGAGGAACAGGCCAGAUUCUGCACCCUCAGCUUCAAACCCUGAACCUGCCAUGUCAGACAUGCAGGAGUAUAUGGAUUUGUUGAAUCCGGAGACAGGAACCACUCGGCACCAGAAAGGGGACAGAUCACCUCCGCCACCACCACCACCCAGUUUCCCUCCACCUCCUCCUCCAGCAGGCAUGAACUCAUCAUUACCUCCUCCACCUCCUCCUGCAUAUCCAGCUCCAAGUCCCCCAGAAUCCCUGUACUCUGCAGAUGUUUACCUGCAAGCGAAGAGCAACCUUCGGCAUGUUGAAUCUGAAGCAAUGAAAAAAGAGCUGGUCCAGGUUGAUAACUGUCCAGAGAAAUUACGAAGGAGUGAUUCCGGACGGAAAUCUCGAGGCUUUAAAAAGCAGCCCAGCACUGGGGACUAUUACAAAUCUCUUGGUCUCAACACGGCGGAAAAAAAGGGGAACAACAGCAUGGCUCCAAGUGAGGAGGGUUCUCCCCUGCCGGCAGGCACUAUGCAGAAUGGAUGUGACAUUGAUAUUAGACCAUCUGAUAAUUUACCACCUCCACCCCCUCCUCCACCACUGCCUGAAAACGCAGUUCCUCCUCCUCCUCCUCCACCACCUCUUCCAUCUGAUCUUCCCUCAGUGAACUCUGCUCAACGACGGCCUUCUUCUUCCACAUCAAAAGUGAAGGCUCUUAGACAGAUGAGAGGUAUAAGGUCAUUCAACAUGAUGUCCCCAGCAGGAGAUAAUGCAGAACUGUUAGCAGAAAUCAAAGCUGGCAAGAGCCUGAAGCCAACACCACACAGCAAAGGGUACACCACAGUAUAUAAUACUGGUGGACAGCAGCUGGAGAACAAUUCAACAACAGAGAAUGAGGCAUCAGCCCCUAUUUCAGACCAGACAUCACUGGCCUUUUUUCCGUCUGAUCCCUCAUCUGCUCCUGUAUCUCCUACUACUUCUAGUCCUGUUCGGAAGGCAGCAACUGCAAGUACACCAGAGCCUACUGAAAAUGGGAACUCUAUUGACAAGGCUCCACCAACCCUAGCAGAACUUGAGUCCCUUGUGCCCACACAGGAUGAACAAGGCCGGCCUAUCCCUGAAUGGAAACGACAGGUCAUGGUGCGUAAGUUGCAGAUGAAGUUCCAGGAAGAGGAGGAACAGAAACGUAAGGAGCAAGAAGAAGAGGCAAGAUUAGCCACCUUGCCAGCUUGGAGGAGAGAAAUCAUGAAGAAGAAACUAGAGGAAGAGAGGGAACAAAAAAGGAAAGAACAGGAACGACUAAAGAAAGAAGAAGAAGAAAAGGAAAAGGAACAGUCAGAGAAACUGCGCACACUUGGCUAUGAUGAAAACAAAUUAGCACCUUGGCAGCGUGAUAUCAUCCUUAAGAAAGGGGAUAUAGUGAAAUUUGAUUAAGGCAUUUUUUUUAUGUCCUUUUGAAAAGAAAAGGUGAAGAAUGUUGACCAGUGAAA